AUGACGUCCCCCUUCGCAACCCCUCCCCACCCCGUCACGGGCGGAAAACUCUCCCCCUUCACCGUCUCGGUGCCCGACGCGGAAAUCCAAAAGCUCAAAACCCUCCUCGAGCUGCUCCCCAUCGCGGCCCCCAACCACGCCAACGCCGCGCAGCACGCGGGCCGGUUCGGCGUGACGCGCGACUGGCUCGCGUCGGCCGUCGCGCACUGGGCCGACCCCACGGCGUUCGACUGGCGCGCGCACGAAGCCACCAUCAACAGCGUCCCGCACUUCAAGCUCGACGUCGCCGACGACUACGACGCGUCCGGCUCCGGCAAGCCUUACACCAUCCACUUCGCCGCCCUCUUCUCGGCGAACCCAGAUGCGCUGCCCAUCCUCCUCAUGCACGGCUGGCCCGGGUCCUUCGCCGAGUUUUUGCCUAUCCUCCUGGCGCUGCAAGAGCGCUAUAAGGACGACCCCGCCGCCCUGCCGUACCACCUCGUCGUGCCGUCGCUGACCGGCUUCGGCUUCUCGUCGCCGCCGCCGGUCGAUGUGGAUAUGACGACUGAGGACCAGGCGCGGAUCAUGGCGAAGCUGAUGGCGACGCUGGGUUUUGGGAAGAAGGGAGGGGCGGGCGGUACCGGCGCUGGCGGGUACCUGGUGCAGGGUGGGGACGUGGGGUCCAUUGUCGGCACGGCCAUGGCCGCGCUGUACGAUGACGUCAGGGGAGCGCACCUGAACAUGAUCAUGUUGCGGGAGCCCCCUCCAGGCGUGGAUGCUGCGGCGAUUAAGUAUUCUGAGCGCGAGCUGGAGAAGAUGGAAGAUGGCAAGCGGUUCCUCGAGACCGGGUCGGAUUAUGCGCGCAUUCACGGGAAUAAGCCGAGCACCGUCGGGCUUGCCGUUGGGAGUAGCCCGGUCGCGCUUCUCGCGUGGAUCGGAGAGAAAAUGCUGGCUUGGUCGGACCCGGCUACGCAGCCUUCCCUGGACGACAUCUUGAGAAACAUCAGCAUUUAUUGGUUCUCCGGAUGCUACCCGACCAGUAUCUGGUUCUACCGUAACUUCGUCGACCGAAGCAGGAUCUCAGAGAAAAUUACCUGGAAGGGUAUCAAAGGAAAGCCUGUUGGCUUCUCUUCUUUCAGAAGGGAAAUCAGUCUGCCUCCAAAAGCAUGGCUGGACGCAACUGGCGUUGUAUCAUGGUACAGAGAACACGAACAGGGUGGCCACUUUGCCGCGCUCGAGCGACCUCAAGUGCUGUGGAAGGAUGUUGAGGACUUUAUCAGGGAAUCUUUUUAG